AUGGCAGCCCCUGCAGCCAUUCUACUGGCCCAGUUGGCCGCUCCCAGCUCCUCCCACGCCUUCCCCGGCUUCAAGAAGGAUCUCACCUCCAAGCGGCGGGUCAAGAUCCCCGAGUCCGAAUUCAAGGCCGGCCCUGAAGGCCUCAAGUACUACGACGUCUCGCCCGGCAAGGGGCCUGAGGCGCAUGAAGGCCAGCGAGUCGUCGUCCACUUUGAUGCCAAGUGUGUUUCUGGGGGAUGGAACUGGGGUUGGUGGUGGCGUGGCAUCACCUUCAUCACCAGCCGCCAGGGGCUGGGGGUGACUGGCGGCAAUCCCCUGGGGUUUGAUGUGGGCGCGCGGGGCGCUGGCGGGACCCUGAGGGGUCUGGACCUGGGGGUGCGAGGCAUGCGGGUGGGCGGCCAGCGCAAGCUCAUCGUGCCGCCCAGCCUGGCGUACGGUGACCGGGGCGUUGGUGAGGUGCCGGGGGGCGCCACGCUCGAAAUCGACGUGGAGCUGCUGUACAUCAAGACCAGCGCCCAGGGUGCCAGGGUCAAGCUUAUCGAGGGGUGA